UGGAACAGUCCCCUUCACGUAUCGGGAGUGUUGGCCGUAGGGGUCUCUCAUAGCACGGCGACCAUGUCCUCAGGGGAUGCCUGCGGUUUGUAUGGGCUUCGGCUCAUGCAUCGUCUCAAUAUUUCCCUGUCUGCUUCGGCCCUCGGGCUGGGCAGGCCUUUUUUUAUGUUGCUGCGCUGUCCUAACCCUAACCCUGUGAUCCAAUGCCUGUAUACCAAGUUAUGCAUCCUGAUGACUUAUGAAUGCGAUGAUGUCCUUACUUACUGC